AUGUCUCUCGCCCAGGCGGAGAACACGGACCAGUUUGCAGGCCUGUGGGAGGAUGUGCGGUGCCGAAAGCAGGCGAUCGCCGAUUGUGCUGGAAACUGCGAUGAGCAGCUCAUGACCUUGGCCCAGCAGACCCACUUCAGUGUGGAGGAGAUUGAGCGAUUGCGGCAGCAGUUCCGCAAAAUGCGGAAAAGCAAGCAAGAAACGACUGUGCUGGACCUCAAGGGUUUCAAGGAAGUCGUGAAGGAAGCCGUUCCCGAGUUUCCGCCCGAACUUUGUGGACGCCUCUUCCAGAAGCUAGAUUGCUUCGGCGUGGGUCGGCUCACCUUCAUGGAGCUGGCAUGUGGGAUGUCGGCCCUGGCCUUGGGAACCAUGGACGAGAAGCUGCAGGUGUGCUUUGAUCUCUUUGACUCUGAAGGCCGGCGGGCGUUGACUCUCAAGGACCUCAACGACCUUUGCACGACCCUCUUCAAAGUAGCCCUGGCCACUGGCUCCGUGAACCGCAAGGCUUCCACGGAUGAGGCUGCGCCGAGUUGGGUGAUGAGUCAUGGCAUUGGCAACUGCGCACGGUGCGAGCCAAAGGCCCUGCGGAUGGUAUGCGCUAAGCUCUCAUCUCCCAGCGCACAGCGCUACCAGCGUUUGCCUGACUGUGCGCAGAAGCUCCGAGAACGACCUACCGCUGCCCAUGACGCCGCCGCUGGACUCUUCAAGAUGCUGUUCCUUUUUUGCCCGCUUGUUGCCUACCCGCCCUGCAGCACAUCAGCCUAA